CUGGUGCGUUCUGCAAAACGCUGUAUGAUUGUGGCUCACGUGCCUUUUCGCCUGGACGUGUCACGGGAUAACGAACAACGGCGACCAAACAAAUUUCCACAAAUGGCGGAGGUUUCGAAGGCUGGCGCUGCCAGCAAAGAUGCGCCAACUAACCCAAGAGGUAUCCCAUAUGCGCCUUUCGUGGAUCGAGUGGAAGACUAUGUCUCAUCAAGAGCCGACGUUGAAGGCGCGCUCAAGAGCUUCCAAGAGAUGAUUUCAAAAUACCAAUUCAUGGAAGCGAACAACCAACGACGGAUUGUAGGCCUGAAAGACAAGAUCCCUGAUAUCCAGAAAACACUCGAGACAGUACGGUUCUUGCAGCAGCGAAAGGAAGACGCCGAGCCCCUCGAAGCCACUUUCGAGCUCAACGACACCUUAUUCGCCAAAGCCAACAUUCACAAGACGGAUGAGGUCUAUCUCUGGCUAGGCGCCAACGUCAUGCUCUCCUACCCACUCUCCGAAGCCGAAAGCCUCCUAAUCUCCAAACUCGAAACCGCACAACAGAGUCUCGCAAACUGUGAAGAAGAUAUAGAUUUCUUGAGGGAACAGAUUACGACAAUGGAAGUCGCCACAGCACGCGUCUACAAUUGGGACGUUGGCCAGAGGCGGAAAGAGAAUCAAGGCGCUGGUGAGAAAGAUGGGGAUGACAAUACGAAAGCAGCGGGUUGAGAGAUUUUCUCAAGGUCUCAGGUAUAAGUAGAGUAGACUUGGGCAUACUCGCCGUAAGCGCAAACUAUGGCCAGGAAAAUCAUACUCAAAUGAGUCCGGGUGGUAGGUAGUAUCAAAGCUGUCGGACCAACGAGAAGUGAGCAGCAUAGAAGCGGCAGAAGCGUUACAAUUGCCGCGACUUGUAGUCAACGAUCAGCUUGCCACAAUCCUUGAAAGGCAGGUGAAAAUGUCAGAAUCUUGGGAUUUCACAU